UUGGCACCCCCGAAACCAUGGCGCCCGUCAUUGUGAUUCCCCCCGGCAACAGAAGUGUGGUGGCCGGGUCCAGUGAGACCACCUUGGAAUGCAUCGCCAAUGCCAGGCCUGUCGAGGAGCUGCACGUGACCUGGAAGAGGAACGGGGUGAGGGUCGCCGGGGGGCUCCACAGCCAUGGGAGACGCCUCACCAUCAGCAACCCGACGUCUGCCGACACCGGGAUGUACGUCUGUGAGGCGACGCUGAGAGGACGUGCGUUCAACGCAGCCACAGCGCAAGCCUUUCUGGCUAUCAUAGAGCCACCGUAUUUUACUGCUGAGCCCGAGAGUCGGAUUUUAGCGGAAGUGGAAGAUACCGUGGACAUCGUGUGUCGAGCCAUGGGGGUCCCUCUUCCCACCCUCCAGUGGUACAAGGAUGCCACGUCCAUCAGCAAGCUCCAGGAUCCCCGGUACAAGAUGCUAUCAAGCGGAGGCCUGCGCAUCCAAAACCUGCGUCCCGAGGACUCGGGGAUCUUCCAGUGCUUUGCCAGUAAUGAAGGAGGGGAGAUCCAGACCUAUACCUACCUGGACGUCACCAAUGUCGCCCCAGCGUUUACUCAGCUUCCGGUGGACACCACGGUCACUGAUGGGAUGACGGCCGUCCUGAGGUGUGAGGUGUCCGGAGCCCCCAAGCCCGCCAUCACAUGGAGGAGAGGAAAACAUAUUUUGGCCAGUGGCUCCGUGCGGAUUCCUAGGUUCAUGCUUCUGGAGUCUGGGGGUCUGCAGAUUGCCCCCGUCUUCCUCCAGGAUGCCGGCAGCUACACCUGCUACGCAGCCAACACGGAGGGGUCCCUGAACGCGUCCGCAGCCCUAACCGUUUGGAAUCGCACGUCCAUCGUUAACCCUCCUGAGGACCGCGUGGUGAUUAAGGGGACCACUGCCACGCUGCACUGCGGAGCCACUCACGACCCCCGGAUCGCCCUCCGCUACAUCUGGAAGAAGGACAACACAGUCAUCACCCCAGCUAGCAGUUCCAGGAUUGUGGUAGAGAAGGAUGGAUCCCUCCUCAUUAGCCAGACGUGGUCUGGUGACAUUGGAGACUACACCUGUGAAAUUGUGUCUGAAGGAGGGAACGACUCCAGGACGGCCCGGCUAGAGGUGAUCCACACGGUGAUGCUGUCUUGGGUUCGACCAUUUGAUGGAAACAGCCCAGUGCUUUAUUACAUCGUGGAGCUGUCUGAGAACAACUCUCCAUGGAAAGUACAUCUGUCAGAUGUCGGCCCCGAGAUGACAGGCGUCACCGUGCGCGGCCUGACUCCAGCUCGCACCUAUCAAUUCCGGGUGUGUGCCGUGAAUCAAGUGGGCAAAGGCCAGUACAGCGCAGAGACAAGCAGGUUGAUGUUACCUGAAGAGCCGCCCAGUGCUCCCCCAAAGAAUAUCGUAGCCAGCGGGCGUACCAAUCAGUCCAUCAUGGUCCAGUGGCAGCCGCCCCCAGAAACAGAGCACAAUGGGGUACUGCGUGGGUACAUCCUCAGGUACCGCCUGGCCGGCUUGCCGGGAGAACACCAGCAGCGCAACAUCACCAGCCCGGAGGUCAACUACUGCCUGGUGACAGAGCUGAUCAUCUGGACGCAGUACGAGAUCCAGGUGGCCGCCUACAAUGGGGCGGGCCUGGGCGUCUUCAGCAGGGCCGUGACCGAAUACACCCUCCAGGGAGUACCUACUGCACCCCCACAGAACGUGCAGACGGAAGCUGUGAAUUCCACAACCAUCCAGUUCCUCUGGAACCCUCCGCCUCAGCAGUUCAUCAACGGCAUCAACCAGGGAUACAAGCUCCUCGCGUGGCCAGCUGAGGUCCCUGAGGCCACCACUGUGGUCACCAUUGCGCCAGAUUUCCACGGAGUCCACCAUGGGUAUAUAACGAACCUGAAGAAGUUCACAGCGUACUUCACCUCCGUUCUGUGUUUCACCACUCCGGGGGACGGACCUCCGAGCACGCCUCAGCUCGUCUGGACUCACGAAGACAAACCAGGAGCUGUGGGACAUCUGAGUUUCACGGAGAUCCUGGACACAUCCCUCAAGGUCAGCUGGCAGGAGCCCCUGGAGAGAAACGGCAUCAUCACAGGCUACCAGGUUUCCUGGGAGGUGUACGGUCGGAACGGCUCCCGGCUCACCCACUCCCUCAGUAACACGACUCAUGAGUACAAAAUCAAAGGACUGUCGUCGCUCACCACCUACACCAUCGAUGUGGCCGCUGUCACCGCCGCGGGGACUGGCCUGGCCACCUCAUCCACCAUUUCUUCUGGAGUGCCCCCAGAGCUCCCUGGCGCCCCGUCUAAUCUGGUCAUUUCCAACAUCAGCCCCCGCUCAGCCACGCUUCAGUUCCGACCGGGCUACGAUGGGAAGACCUCCAUCUCCAGGUGGAUCGUGGAGGGUCAGGUUGGAGCCAUCGGUGAUGAGGAGGAGUGGGUCAGCCUCUACGAGGAGGAGAAUGAGCCCGACGCCCAGAUGUUGGAGAUCCCAAACCUCACACCUUACACUCAUUACAGGUUUCGCAUGAGGCAAGUGAACGUCGUUGGUGCCAGCCCCUUUAGCCAGUCAUCCCGAGUCAUCCAGACCCUGCAGGCCCCCCCCGAUGUGGCCCCCACCAGCGUCUCCGUGCGAACGGCCAGUGAGACCAGCCUGCGGCUCCGCUGGGUGCCGCUGCCUGAUUCCCAGUACAACGGGAACCCCGAGUCGGUGGGCUACAGGAUUAAGUACUGGCGCCCCGACCUCCAGGCGCCGGCGCUGGCGCAGGCCAUCCACGACCGGCUGGAAAGGGAGUUCACCAUCGAGGGGCUGGAGGAGUGGACGGAGUACGAGCUCCAGGUGCAGGCGUUCAACGCCAUCGGGGCCGGGCCCUGGAGCGAGGCCGUGCGGGGCCGCACACGGGAGUCAGUUCCUUCAGCCGCACCUGAAAACGUGUCUGCUGAAGCCGUCAGCUCCACCCAGAUUUUACUGACGUGGGCUUCGGUGCCCGAACAGGACCAGAACGGGCUCAUACUGGGCUAUAAGAUCCUGUUCCGGGCCAAAGACCUGGACCCCGAGCCCCGCAGUCACGUCGUGCGAGGGAACCACACGCAGUCGGCGCUGCUGGCCGGGCUCCGCAAGUUCGUGCAGUACGAGCUGAAGGUGCUGGCGUUCACCCGCAUCGGCAACGGCGUGCCCAGCUCGCCCCCUGUCCUGGAGCGGACCAAGGACGACGCCCCGGGCCCACCAGUAAGGCUCGUGUUCCCAGAAGUGAGACUCACAUCCGUGCGGAUCGUGUGGCAGCCGCCGGAAGAGCCCAACGGCAUCGUUCUGGGGUACCAGAUCGCCUACCGCCUGGCCAGCAGUAGCCCCAACACGUUCACCACGGUGGAGGUGGGUGCCACCGUGAGACAGUUCACGGCCACCGAGCUGGCCCCGGAGUCUGCGUACAUCUUCAGGCUGUCAGCCAAGACGAGGCAAGGCUGGGGGGAGCCGCUGGAGGCCACCGUCAUCACCACUGAGAAGAGAGAGCGGCCGGCGCCCCCUAGAGAGCUCCUGGUGCCACAGGCGGAAGUGACCGCGCGCAGCCUGCGGCUCCAGUGGGUCCCGGGCAGUGACGGGGCCUCCCCCAUCCGCUACUUCACCGUGCAGGUGCGAGAGCUGCCCAGGGGCGAGUGGCAGACCUACUCCUCGUCCGUCAGCCAUGAGGCCACAGCCUGUGCUGUCGAAAGGCUGAGACCUUUCACUUCCUACAAGCUGCGCCUGAAAGCGACCAAUGACAUCGGCGACAGUGACUUCAGUGCGGAGACGGACGCGGUGACCACGUUGCAGGACGUUCCGGGAGAGCCUCCAAGUUUCAUCUCGGUGACACCGCACACCACCUCCUCUGUCCUGAUCCAGUGGCGGCCUCCAAGGGAUGAGAGCCUGAACGGCCUUCUUCAGGGUUACCGGAUCUACUACCGGGAGCUGGAGUCCGAGGCAUCCUCAACCACCGUGUCCAAGACGCUCAAAACCCCUUCAGCUUUACGGGCCGAGCUUGCAGCCCAAAGCAGCUUCAAGACCGUGAACAGCAGCUCCACAUUAACGACGUAUGAAUUAACACGUCUGAAGAGGUACCGGCGCUAUGAGGUCAUCCUGACGGCCUACAACAUCAUCGGCGAGAGCCCAGCCAGCGCGCCUGUGGAGGUGUUCGUCGGCGAGGCUGCCCCGGCCAUGGCUCCGCAGAAUAUCCAGGUGACCCCGCUCACGGCCAGCCAGCUGGAGGUCUCAUGGGACCCACCGCCACCGGAAAGCCAGAAUGGAAACAUCCAGGGCUACAAGGUUUACUACUGGGAGGCAGACAGCCAGAAUGAAACAGAGAAGAUGAAGGUCCUGUUCCUGCCGGAGACGGUGCUGAAGCUAAAGAACUUGACCAGCCACACCCAGUACCUGGUCAGCAUCUCCGCCUUCAACGCGGCGGGAGACGGGCCGCAGAGCGACCCCCGGCGGGGGCGCACCCAUCAGGCCGCUCCCGGGACCCCCAGCUUUUUGGCGUUCUCAGAAAUAACCUCUACCACGCUUAACGUCUCAUGGGGUGAACCGGCAGCAGCCAACGGCGUCCUACAGGGCUACCGAGUGGUCUACGAGCCCUUAGCACCAGUCCAAGGGGUGAGCAAGGUGGUGACAGUGGACGUGAAGGGGAACUGGCGCCGCUGGCUGAAGGUGCGUGAUCUCACCAAGGGAGUCACCUACUUCUUCCGCGUGCAGGCACGGACCAUCGCCUACGGGCCCGAGCUGCAAGCCAAUGUCACGGCCGGGCCAGCGGAGGGCUCCCCAGGGUCCCCCAGAGAUGUCUUGGUCACCAAGUCAGCCUCCGAACUGACCCUGCAGUGGACCGAGGGGAACGCAGGCAGGACGCCCACCACUGGCUACGUCAUCGAGGCCAGGCCCUCAGAUGAAGGCCUCUGGGACGUGUUUGCGAAGGACAUCCCCCGAGGCGCCACAUCCUACACUGUCAGCCUGGACAAGCUCAGGCAGGGAGUGACCUACGAGUUCCGGGUGGUGGCCGUGAACCAGGCAGGCUAUGGGGAGCCCAGCAGCCCCUCCACGGCCGUGUCAGCUCAAGUGGAAACCCCGUUCUACCAGGAGUGGUGGUUCCUGCUGGUGAUGGCACUUUCCAGCCUGAUCGUCAUCCUGCUGCUGGUGUUUGCCCUGGUCUUGCACGGACAGAACCGGAGAUACAGGAGCUGCAGCACAGGUAAGAGCAUCUCCAACAUGGAGGAGACCGUGACCCUGGACAACGGAGGGUUUGCUGCCUUGGAGCUCAACAGCCGUCACCUCAACGUCAAGAACACCUUCUCAAAGAAGAACGGGACCAGGUCCCCGCCCCGGCCCAGCCCCGGCGGUCUGCACUACUCAGACGAGGACAUCUGCAACAAGUACAACGGAGCUGUGCUGACCGAGAGCGCCAACCUUAAGGAGAAGUCGGUGGACGCUUCGGAAUCCGAGGACACUGACGCCGAGUCCGAGGACGCACCCCCCCAGCACUCCUUCGUCAACCACUACAUGAGCGACCCCACCUACUACAACUCGUGGAAGCGGCGGGCCCCGGGCGGCCGUGCCCCGCACAGGUACGAGGCUGUGGCGGGCAGCGAGGCGGGGCCGCACCUGCACACAGUGGUCACCACGCAGAGUGCCGUGUUCGCGCCCACGGGCCCUGGCGCCCGGACUCCACUUACUGGCUUCUCUUCCUUCGUGUGACGGCCCCAGCGGGGCCUCGGCGGACCUCCCAGCCUCCUUUUGUUAAGACAAUCAACUCCAAUAACUGAGCUCAAGCUUUUGUUUAAAGAGAAUUCUGAUAAGUGAUGAUUUUACCUACUUGUGAACACUAGAUUUCAAUUAGGAAGGUUUUUUUAACGGCUUUUUGUAACAUCGCUGCAGGAAGCGGGUUUCUUUGUUUUCUUUUCUUUUUACGAGAAGGUGUAUUUCAGUGGUGCAAUGGCGGGAAGGCCUCAGACCCCCCAGCCCCCCCCAGCCCCGGGUUUCUCGAUCCCGAUGCCUGACUAGGGAGGCUGUGGGGGGAGGAAGAGCGGGGAUCCAGGGAGCUGUCCGCCCGCAUCCAGGGCGCUCCUUCCUCUUCUCUACCUCCUGUGCCUCCGGAGAACCAGUUGCACGCCAGGGUCCCCGUCGGUGACACCGACCAGCUGGGCUCUCGCCGCCUCCUGGGGCCACAGAGUGAAAUCUGCCCUGGGCUGGGCCCUUUUCCACCUGACGGCAUCCACCUCUGAAAUAUUCUCCCUCCGCAGUUUCUAGGCAAGGAAUCAGCAUCCAGGUUCCUGGCAAGGGGGCAAGAGAUUGCGAGGUGGGGUCCUCAGACCCGGCGAUGACUCCGUUGGUCUCACCCUGUGUCACUGCAGUGGUGAAACACCGGGGCUUUUUCUUCCUUUCUCUCCUUAAACCCAACGGUGCAGAGCAGGAAACCACCCCUGGGGCCGGAAGCCGCCACCCUGGCCCUCACUUAGCGAGCUAGCUCCUUCCCGAGAACACAGCACACGGCCAACCCUGCUAACCCAGAGAGAACCAGACGGCGCUUGCAGAAUAAUUGCUUGUUGUGUAAGACGUGUGCAUUGUUAACCAGAGUAUUUUUUAAAUCUUUUUAUCUUUUUUUAAAAUAUGUCACAUGAAAUGAAUGAGUCUCUGCUGUCUCCAGGUGCCUUUUUAUUAAUUGUUUAGCUUUGUACAUGAGAAAGACGACAAGCGUCAGUGUCUCCAAAUAAAGCAAAACAGCUCUGAGCAAA